CAGGACGCGGAGGCGCCGACUGGUGUCUCAGUGUCGGUGGAUUUCCCGGCAGGCCCGGGACGAACGCAUUCCCAAGGCGCUGGGGAAGGGCCUGGGAAUCGAAUUCUGAAAUGCGGGAGCGUUCUUCUUCAUGGGGAGGGUUUGCGAGGAAUCUGGACCUAAGGAGGAGAAUGGGCGAAUUGGGCAGAGAGAAAAGGAAAUCCCGAGGAGCUAGGGCACGCGAUUUAUAGGAGGCGAUCUUAACGGGCAUACAGGCAUUUUAAAAGAAAUCUGAGAGAUGCAAUGGAGUCUCACUUUUCCAAGCAGUAAGGAAUGAUGCCAGCAGCAAGCACGCGUUGCAUUCCUAUUUCCUUCUCUUCCACUCCUCACUGCUGGACUAGGAGGGAGAUUUGCAAGGCCGAGAUGGUUUUCUUUUACUCUGUGUUUUGCAAAUAGUACCAGCGUUUACAAGGUGGCUGCCUCGUUAGGGAAAGCUACAUCCAAGGAAUAAAUUACCAAACCGUAUCUUUUUUUUUUUUUUUUUUCCUGUUUUCAGAGGGAAGCAAGAUUUGAUUUGAGUUGGCAGUCUUCAAGUGGGGACAAGUUUGUAUUUUAGCUUUCCCCAGGCGUCUUAGAAGGAUGUAGGGAGCCGAUUUUGUGCUCUCAGAAUGUGUUGAUGUCUGAUAAAAGCACAUCUGAAUUUGUAUCAAUCUAGAGAAGGCAGCUGUUUAUUAAGAGAUAAGAGUCUAAGACGUUUUUUUCUCCUAGACUAGAAGGUUCAUUCAAAUGAAUGGUCAGUGAGUAAUUCCGGUCGUGAAAGUAAAGCCUGUUAUCAAAACAGUGGCCAAAUAUUAUUCCAGAUUGGAUGCAUGAAGUGAUUUGAGAGCAAGGAAGAAGAGAGGAUCAAAGCUUUUCCAAAAAGGAAGAGAAUGCCAAAACAGUAUAUGAUAAUUUGCUCCUGUAAUAGUUUGCUAGGUAUAGAACACUGAUUUUAGAUGUUGAAUUGCCCAGUGUUGUUGAAUUAUGACUUAGAUAUAUUCCUUUUCUGUUCUUUUGCUCAGUAGUUCACAGCAAAUGUUUUAAUUAAAGCAUGGAAUAUGGAAAUCAGCAGAAAAACUAAAAAAGCUAGUGCUUUAGUCUCAUCUGAAAUUCUGUGGUUUUCCUAGGUUCUCUCCAGACCAAGUCAUCUUGUUGCCUCUUUUCACGAGCUCUGUCACGUGGCUCUUUCAGACUGCCCACCCCUGGGUGCAGAGAAAGACCUUUCAGUGCCCUGCCCACUUGAGAGAAACUUCAUUCUUGCAUGCUAUGCAUGCGUCUUAUAAGCAGUAUAAUGGCAGAAUUUUAAGCCACGUUGAGAAUCUCUUUUAGGAGACUACACAAAUGGCAUGGAAAAUCUAAAUGAUACAAAAAGAAAAACAAAAGAAAGAAGAAGUCUUCCAGAAAUCCCGCAGAAUAGAAGCCAUUGACAUACUGAGACAUAUCCUUCUAGAAAAUCUUGCUUAGCAUAUGUGAAUAUAUGGGUUUAAGGACUUAUACCACAUAAGCAGUUUUGCGAUUUUCAUUUGCUAUAUAUCAAGGGAAGAUAUAGAAAUUUCAAGCAUUAUUUUUGACUACUACAUACUACUGACUGUUCGGUUGGUGAAAUUGAAGAUCUUUCACUCAGAAGAAAUAAAUCAAGAAGGAGGUUUUUCCAGGAGCUGGCUGUGCAAGGCUAGUAAGGGGGAGAGAGGAAGACUGGGGUGGGAUGGACAGACCUACCUUUUAUCCUUUACACAAAUGGAAAUAGCAUAACAAGUCCGUGUGCAUUGCUCUCCUGCUGUAGGUCUGUGUCUGUCUUGCACUUUGACUAUGGUGAGAAACACUUCGCCAACAAGGUCAUAGACUACAAAUGGAGGGGCAAGACACAUAUACAUGAAACUGAACUGGAGAGUUUGUAUUGUGUGACUUAAAAUAUAGAAAGCUCUAGAGAAAGGAGAGAUUACUGACUGUGACCAGAACUAAUCAGGGCAGAUAGGAUAUGGCCAAAUAGGACAAGGAGUCUUGAGGUCCUGUCAUUUUCAUAGUAUUAAGAGGCAGAAGAGCUGUGCAUCCAAAGACCUAAGACUGACCCAAGGUAGAACCCUUGGGGGGCCAGCCUUCCCAUAUAAUGACAUUAACAUAUGCCCUUCAUAACAGAUUCUGGGUUCCCAGGACCCCUCUUCCCAGAGGAUGGGGGGUGAAAGGGCACCAUUGGAACCUCCUCAGCCUGCCCCUCAUGUUGUUCAUCCAUCCCUUACUCUGAAGUCCCUUAGCAUUGAUAUAAACAGUCAGUGCCACCCUGUCCUUCCAUGUUUACCUGUUGCCUAGGGAUCCCCUUCUCCCAUCUCCUUCCUUUGGUCUUGGUGCCUGGUGUUGUCUGUGGGUGUGGAAUGUCUAGGAAACACUUAGCACAUGUUUGUCUUGAUAUCAUGGUGCCCAGAAAGCCCUGUGGGAUCCUGAAUUGUGAACCAACCUCAUCCUUGGGGCCUAGCACAGAACUGAGGUGACACUGUCACUCCAGUCUGAAUGCUGUAACAUUACCGCUCUUCUCAUCUCAGCUGGAGGGUCCAUCCCAUGAUUCUGAUCUGGCACAGGAUUUCUGAAUAGAUUAGAAUGGGAAACACAUGAAAACUCAAUUCUAUGGACAGGCCUUUAAUUUAAGCACUUGUUGUGCAGACUGAGCAUGGAGUUCAGCCAGUGAGGUAAAAGGGGAGCUGGGAUCUGUUUGGGGCAAGGAAAAAUCUAUUUCACAGUCUUGACCAUUUAAAAACUCUGGAGAUGCUUACCCUGUUUGUGUCUAGAGGACUUGCCUUUCAGGUGAAGAGUCUCUGCUCCCAUCUCAUUUCACAUGAGUAAUUGUUGCCACUGGGUUUUCCUUAUUCCAGAUUUGCUAGAAUCCACAUCUGGUCACACAGCUGAGAAAGACCCUUGGUUUAUUUGGACAUGUUGCUGAACCUCAGGCUCGUGUGCUUCUGAGCUGCUGUGGAUGGCCCUGGCUCUCUUGACCACUCUUCCGAGUAGGAUGUCACUGAGAUCCCUCAAAUGGAGCCUCCUGCUGCUAUCCCUCCUGAGUUUUCUUGUGAUGUGGUACCUCAGCCUGCCCCACUACAAUGUGAUAGAACGUGUAAACUGGAUGUACUUCUAUGAGUAUGAGCCAAUUUACAGACAAGACUUUCGCUUCACACUUCGAGAGCAUUCAAACUGCUCUCAUCAAAACCCUUUUCUUGUCAUCCUGGUGACCUCACACCCUUCAGAUGUGAAAGCCAGACAGGCCAUUAGAGUUACUUGGGGUGAAAAAAAAUCUUGGUGGGGAUAUGAGGUUCUUACAUUUUUCUUACUAGGCCAGCCGGCCGAAAAGGAAGACAAAGUGUUAGCAUUGUCCUUAGAGGAUGAGCACAUUCUUUAUGGUGACAUAAUACGACAAGAUUUUUUAGACACAUAUAAUAAUCUGACCUUGAAAACAAUUAUGGCAUUCAGGUGGGUAACAGAGUUUUGCCCCAAUGCCAAGUACAUCAUGAAGACAGACACUGAUGUUUUCAUCAAUACUGGCAACUUAGUGAAGUAUCUUUUAAAUGUAAACCAUUCAGAGAAGUUUUUCACAGGUUAUCCUCUAAUCGAUAAUUAUUCCUAUAGAGGAUUUUACCAAAAAGCCCAUAUUUCGUACCAAGAGUAUCCCUUCAAGGUGUUUCCUCCCUACUGCAGUGGGUUGGGUUAUAUAAUGUCCAGAGAUUUGGUGCCAAGAAUCUAUGAAAUGAUGAGUCACGUAAAACCCAUCAAGUUUGAAGAUGUUUAUGUUGGGAUCUGUUUGAAUUUAUUAAACGUGGACAUCCAUAUUCCAGAAGACACAAACCUUUUCUUUUUAUAUAGGAUCCAUUUGGAUGUCUGUCAACUCAGACGUGUGAUUGCAGCUCAUGGCUUUUCUUCCAAGGAGAUUAUCACAUUUUGGCAGGUUAUGCUAAGGAAUACCACAUGCCAUUAUUAAUUUGACAAAAGCCUAGAGAAAGGAUACUCUGUGGAAAGUAUUAAUAUUACUGUAAAAUGUCCAAUGGAAAACUCAUGGGAAGGUCACUGUGUUGAGUUACACUGAACUGAGACUCAUGAAGAACGCACAGACUGGGGACUGGAGGGUCACACUUUGGUUUACCUAGACCAAAACCAAGUCAGGCCCUUUAAAGGUGAUUGUAAGAGGAAUUAAACACCUUAUAAAGGAAUCGGGGAUUUUUGUUAAUAAAACGAAUAGGACCAAACUAUUUGAACGUGCCAUUCUGUAGGCUAGAACUUGUUAAAAGGGUUUCAUUGAAUUAUAAGCUCAUUAGUCCAUAACAUCGAAGCAAUGGGGAGCUCUACUCAUUGAGCAGUCUAGUCCGUUAAGGGUUUUGUGUAUAUCUGACAUGGAUUACCAGUUUUUAAAAAUACAUAGUUCUGUGUAAAAAACUGAAGUUACACUGAACAAAAUUUCAUCCGUUUUGGUCAUUCAGAAGGUACUUCAAGAUGUUACAGCAUUUCACAGUUAUGAAUUACUAUUUAAUAUUACUUAGGACUUCCUGGUGUUUGAAUGUUAUGGUUGUUUCAGUACUGUAUAAAGCAAAUAGUGAUGCACCCUUAUCCAUUUGAACUUUUUCCCAGUUACCUCACUGAUGAGCUUAUUAUUUCAUAGCUCCAUUAAUGUAAAGACAUUGGUAAUUAUCACAUAUCAGUAAUCUCUUGGACUUUGAUAAAUAUUUUACUGUGGUAAUACAGAGAAGAAUAAAAGCAAGAAGAUCUGAAUUUUUGUCUUGUUUUUAAAACUACAAUCCCCCGUGUUUUUAUGUCAUUCCAUCUGUCUCAUUUUUCCACCUGGAAAUUGGGAAUAAUAUAGAAUGCCAGGGAGCAUGUUUCCUUUUUGGAAAGGACUCUGAAGGCAAAAAAGAAAAGAAGGACCCUGAUGGCCAGAAUACUAUGAAUAUUAUUCUUAUCUGCUCCACAUGCGUUCUCAUUAACAAUCAAUUUGAAAAUAAAGAGGGAAAAAAGAAAAAAAA